CACACAAAUAAAGACAACGUUUUAACAGGCAGGGCACACAUUUUGCACCACUUUAACCUCGUCAAUGGCCGACCUCGCGUGGCACCAGCACCUGGCCAAGAGCGGCGCCCUGUACCCGGCCGAAUCGUCGUCGCCGCUCGACCUGCGGGGCCAGCCGAACCCGCAGCAAGUGCCGGCGGCGCCGCAACCCGCGACGCCCUUCAGACAGUUCGAGUCGUCCGACUCCGAGUCCGAGGACAUCAACGUCGACUCGGACGAAGACGUCACCGUCGCCUCCAGACACCACUCCUUCAGCGGCGCCGUCGCUGCGGCGCCGACCGACCUGCAGGCGACCGCGGCGGCCAAAAGUAAGUUGGACGACGGCAAGACGGCGGCGGCCGUCAAACCGCCCUACUCGUACAUAGCCCUGAUCACCAUGGGCAUUUUGCAAAGUCCGCACAAGAGACUCACGCUGAGUGGCAUUUGCGAGUUCAUCAUGUCGCGGUUUCCGUACUACCGAGACAAGUUCCCCGCCUGGCAGAAUUCCAUCCGGCACAAUUUGUCGCUGAACGACUGCUUCAUCAAAAUACCCAGGGAGCCCGGCAACCCUGGCAAGGGCAACUACUGGACCCUGGAUCCGAUGGCCGAGGACAUGUUCGACAACGGCAGUUUUCUGCGGCGCCGCAAGAGGUACAAACGGCAGCAGCCGCCGGCCUUCCUGCACAACCACGCGGCCAUGGCCGCGGCGGCCGCCGCCUUCCUGGGCAGCGGCGGCGACCCGUACCUGCAGCACGGCCUGCCGCCCCCGCACCUGCCGCCCCCGUACGCGUACCUGCAGCCCCCGUCGAUGCCGCUGCUGCCGCCGACGCAGCUCGCCCGCCUCUCGUUGGCGCCGCUCGGCCUCAACCUGCUGAACGGCCCGUCGGCCGCCUCCGGGGGCGGCGUGCACAAGCCCGUGCCCACCCUGUACCAGUGCAAGACGGCGGCCACCCUCAAGUCGGGCUUCACCAUCGACUCGCUCAUCGGCAAGGUGCUGCGGGGCUCGCACGCCGCCUCCAGCAGGCAGUCGCCGCAACCGUCCUCGGCGCCCACCGUCACCCGCAGCACCGACUCUGCCUUCACCCCCCUCGGAGAGCGCGCCUCGCCGCACCCUGAGCACGCGGCCACGUCCUUGUGAGGAAACUGCCAAACGAAUCGAUGGUAUUGAGAGCGGCGCGGGUUCAAAUUUGAGAGCGAAAUUAAGCGCGAUUGAGUGGACGUUUUUAGGUGACCGUCUGCAAUACUUGGCUUCUUAUGUCGGUCUGCUUUGUUGUUCCUUCCUCUUUGCCUCUGUUGCACUGCACUUUUAUUAGAGUAUGAAAUAAUAUGUCUGUGAUAACGCUCCUACUGUAUACAAAAAUAAAACAGUAAAUCGAUCUCCUAAUUUAUAUGAUUAAGUUGAUUACAUUUUUUGUCUGGCAUGCGCACAGCACACAUUCAUGGAUUCGGUAUGUAAUUCUCUAUAGCUCC